CUCCCUCCACAUAUAGCCAUUUGAAAUGAAAUAAUUUCCCAUACUCAUAAGUCAUAAGAAGAACCAUAACCAACCAAACAACUCCUCUUUGAAACUGACCAUUCACUCCCAAAAUCCUCAACAAUGUACUGUUUCUUCCUUCUUUUUACUCUGUUUUCACCCAUUCUUGCCAACAAUCUUGCACUCCAUUCCAUGCCUCCCUUUGAACUUGAAACUCUUUUCAAGAUCAUGGACUCCAUGUCUUCUGAUCAAAAUUGGAGACUUUCUUAUCCCAAUCCUUGUCAACCUGGUUCUUCUUGGCCUGGAUUAGAGUGCAAAUCAUCUCCAAAUACAAAUAAUAAUAAUACUACUAAUCUCCUUCAUGUUUCAAGGCUCGACUUUGGAAUUUCCCCAAAUCCUACUUGUAAACCUAAUGCCACUUUCCCUUCAUUCAUCUUUGAUCUUCCUCACCUUCAUUCUCUCUUCUUUUUCAAUUGUUUCACUCACACCAAUACCACUCUCUCUAUUUCCCCUACAACUUUCUCCAACUCUUCCUUGCAACAACUUAGUCUCCGAUCCAACCCGGCGCUUAUCGGUCCGAUCCCGCCUCGACUUUCUUCCCUCAAGUCCUUGAAGAUCCUCACAUUGUCUCAAAACCGACUUUUCGGCGCAAUUCCGGACGAGAUUUUCGAGUUGGUGUCCUUGGUGCAUCUUGACUUGAGCUACAAUAUGCUCACAGGUAGUAUACCAAUUGAGUUGGGUAAUCUCAGAAGCCUUGAAGGUUUGGAUUUGAGCUAUAAUUCUCUCACUGGAUCAAUCCCAACCACAAUUGGUCAACUGGGUUUGCUUCAAAAACUUGACUUGAGCUCAAAUUUACUCACUCACAACAUACCUGAUUCCAUUGUGAAACUAAAUUCCUUGGUGUUUUUGGCUUUGAGUAGCAACAAACUUGAUGGGUACUUCCCAAAAGGACUUGAAAAGUUGCAAAAUUUGCAAUAUUUCAUUAUGGAUGACAAUCCAAUGCAAAUUCCUCUUCCAUUAGCAUUUGGCAAAUUAGUGAAACUACAAGAACUUAGGCUUGCAAGUUCUGGCUAUUCUGGCAUUCUUCCAUCAAGCUUUUCACUUCUAAAAAACUUGACCACUUUAUCAUUGCAAAACAAUCAUUUAACUGGUGAAAUCCCAGUUGGAUUCAGUGGUCUUUCUCACAUUUAUCACUUGAAUCUUAGCAGAAACUCCCUCACUGGUACUGUCCCUUUCAACUCAAGUUUCUUGAAAAGAUUGGGCAAAAAUUUGGAUCUUACUGGAAAUCCAAGCCUUUGUUUUAGCCCUUCUGAAGCCACCACUGCCCAAAAAUUUGGAGUCAAUGUUUGUGGAAGCAAGGAAAAUGGCUCAUUCAUCCAACCAAUGAACAAAUCUCUAGCUAAAUCAAGCUUCUGUAAUCCAUUUGCUUUUGUUAUUUGUUUGUUGUUGCAUCAUGUAAUCCUCCCUCUAUAAUCUCAUUCUUGUUUGAAAUUUUGAAUUGAUUCAAACUUCCUGCCA